ACAGUUCGGGCCGUCGGUCAGUCUUGCGUUGUUACGCCAGCGGAGCACGUGCCUGAAAAGGGUCACAGCUGUAAUGAUACGAUUUCUUGUCUUCGCUCUUAUCGCAGCCUCGGACGCUGCGUCUUCUGCUUUGAAAGAGGGCGCCCAAUGCAACCUUUCCGAUGGCCAAGGACGAGGCAUAUGCAAGACGUUCAAUCAGUGUAGCUGGGCAGAGGAACAGGUUAAGGUUGGAGGAUCUCCGUCAGUGUGUUUCUUCACGAAAAACGAUCAGCCAGUUGUCUGUUGUCCAGAUAACACAUCUGGAUAUGCCACAACAACAACUUCCACUGAUGUUCUUGUGUCCUCGGCCGAAAGGAUAACCAUCCCCCCUUCGUCCAUUGCUCAAGGAGGUGUCGUCAGUGAAAAUAUAAUCUACAAAUGGCCGUUUUUUUUCCACACAUUGUCUAGAAAUGUCAGCUUUUUCCAGAUUAUAUCUGGAAAAAGUCCAAUCUCAGAUAUACGGGGUGAGUUUCCUCGAGGUGUCAAUGAUUUGUAG